CUCUCCUCAGUUUGCUCUCGUCCAGCUAUUCGAAUAGACGUUGGUCUGGUCAGUGCGUGGUGUGGUGAAGAUGCCAUCGAUUCAUGGCCAUUGAAGAAAGUUAAUAUCUAAAAAGCUAGUGAGCAAAAAACAAAAACGAAAUACAUAUCGAAAUCGAAUAGAAAUAUGGCGCAAAAUAUGCGCAACUCCGAUCUAUCGCAGAUAGCUGUAAAUGCCAACAACAUACCCGACGACAGCGUCGAUUGCGGUAUCAAGGGUCUGGGCUGGUGCCGUGGCCCAGGAUGCCAGAAGUAUGCCCGUCUGCGCACGUUUGUCCUGGUCCUGGCCUGCAUUGGGAUGCUCCAGGGCGCCAGCGAAUCCUACUUCCGUGUGUCGGCCAAACAGGCUGCAUCCCAGUACGGCUACAGUGCCCUGCUAGUCGAUUGGCUACUGGUGACUAGCGGCCUGUGCCAGGCUGUGUUUGCCUUGGUGUUCGCCUUCUGGGCGGAUGUCUUCCAUCCGAUCAAGUGGCUGGUGGGCACGUUGAUGCUUCAAUCAGUGACGUGUGUGAUCGCCAUCAUUCCCAACAUAAUGAACUUUGCUGAUGGGACCAAGGCAAAGGAUGCUCUCUUGGAUGCGAAUCUGUGUGCGACUUCCCUGGCGCAGUUCCAGAAACUGACGCUGACAGAGGCCCAGAGCAGCACCAUCACCCUGGUGUUGCUCUUCAUACUCCAGCUAGCUCUGGGCAUGGGCGGACUGGCGUACUACACCAUCGGCGUCAGCUACAUCGACGACAACUCCCUGUCCCAGGACAGUCCGGCGGUGAUUGCUGCCACGCUGGCGGCUCGCGUCUUUGGCCAGCAGGCGGGAUCGUUUCUGGUCUUGGGCGUGGGCCUGACCCAAGUCGGCUGGUGGCUGGGUUGGGCAAUCCUGGCGCCACUCAUAUUUGUGGGAGCCGUGAUGGUGGGGCUGUUCCCGAAGCGACUGCCCAAGACGGUGAUCCAUCAAGCCGCUCAGCGGAUAAUCGAGCAGUCGAACAUGCGCAGCUUCGGCAGCCAGUUCUCGACGUACCUGGACGACACGGACUUCUGGCCCUCGAUGAAGCGUCUCUUCAACAACCGCCUGCUGAUGGUCAAUCUCGUGAGCAUCAUGUUCGUCCAGAGUGCUAUCGUGAACUUCGGCCUGCAGGAGGAGAGCUAUCUGCAGAGUCGCUUCUUCCUGCCGUACAACGAGCAGGAUGGUCUCACGGAGGAGUGGCGCUCUGCCUUCGUCUCGUACUUCCUCAAGCCUCCGGUAAUGGCAGUGGGCAUGCUGAUCGGGGGACUGGUCAUCUCCAAGGCUCAGCUUUCGGCCCGCACCAUCGUUGGGAUCAACAUGGGCAUGGGCCUCCACCUGGUGGCCAUCUUCGUGGGAUUCGUCUUCCUCAAGUGCGAUGUCGGCGCAAUUGCGGGCGUGGUCGGGGGCAAGCUCAGUCAGCCCUAUUGCUCGAGCCAAUGCCUGUGCACGCCCACCGCCUUCAUGCCGGUGUGCCCGGAGAACAGUAGCAUUACGUACUUCUCUCCGUGCUACGCCGGCUGCACCAAGCAGACCUCCAUCAACAGUUUUGAGCUCUUCGAGGGCUGCAGCUGCAGUGGGGAUCAGACCCAGAACACCUCGGGCCUGAUGCGUGCCACGGCCGGAGCUUGUAGUGGCGACGUCUGCCAGCAGACCAUCAUCCUGUUCCAGAUUUUCAGCAUUUCGUCGGCCUUCCUGCUGGGCAUGAUGACGAUUGGCAAGACUUUGAUAACACUACGCGCCGUCCUGCCGCAGGACAAGACCUUGGCACUGGCUUUCGAGGUGAUGCUCGUCGGACUCUUCGCCUAUAUUCCCGUGCAUCUCAGCUACGAUUUGGUGACCCGCUCCACAUGCGUCUACUGGGCUCCCAACUAUGAGCGUUGUCUGCUCCGAGAGACCCCGAAGCAUGGAAAUAUCCUGGAUAUUCUCACCGCCAGCUUGAUCCUGACUGGCGUGCUCUUCGAUAUUCUGGUGUUCAUCUUCGCCAAGGGUCUGAACCUCUACAACUGCAAGGUGACGGACAACAACUACACGCCUUCGCUGUACGCCCCGAUUCCGCACGAGGACACAACCGCUUCGGCGUCUGCGCCGCGAGGUGGCAGCCCCCUGACCACGACAACCACAUCCAUGGCCUCCGCGUCACCCAUGCAGCGACGGGAUGCUCCCAAGGAGGAAGCUCAACAACCGGUAGGCGUUUUUCGGAAUCCCAGCUCCGUGACAACCUCUUCCGGUGGAGCCCAAAGCAUUGUUGAACCCAACGGCAGUGGAGUAACCUAUGCCCAGGUGAUCUUUCCUCCGGACAGACGCAAGGCCAACGAUGGCAACACCUCUCCCAAGCGCCUGGCCGUUCCUGCCAAUGUCCCAGUGCAUCAUCUCUCCGAGACUGAUGUGCGCGCACAGUUGGGCACCCUAAGGUCCUUCAAUGCCCCCAGCCAAGUGGCUGAUCUGGGUCAUGAUGUUGUGGACAAGCAGCCCCAGCCACAGGUUCAGCUUUUGGAGGAGCCACAGCAAACAAUUCCUCCUGUUCUUCCGGCAACGGAUCCACCGACAACUGUUCCAGCUCUUCCAGAAACAUCUCCACCGAUAACUCCACCUCCUGUCCAAAGAACGGAGGUUAUUGAUCACAAGCAGCUGGAUGAAGGAAGACCUCAAAGUCCCGAAACGGAUUUCUGACGCGGUCACACACAAAGUAUUCUAAAGUUUUUUAUUAUAUUUCUUAGUCUAGAUAAAACCCUAAUAUCAAGAAACGAA